CUUCCUCUCGUCACCCCUCCCACCCCCCCGCACCAUGAGCAACCUGAAGCCGGACGACGAGCACAGCACCGGCACCGGCACGGGCUCGGGCUCCGGCGGCACCCUGGAGGAGGAGGUCCGGACACUGUUCGUCAGUGGCCUCCCUGUGGACAUUAAACCCAGAGAACUCUACCUGCUCUUCAGGCCGUUCAAGGGGUAUGAAGGGUCCCUGAUCAAGCUCACCUCGAGACAGCCUGUUGGUUUUGUGAUCUUUGACAGCCGGGCAGGAGCAGAAGCAGCCAAGAAUGCAUUGAAUGGUAUUCGCUUUGAUCCCGAGAACCCGCAGACCCUGAGGCUAGAGUUUGCCAAAGCCAAUACCAAGAUGGCCAAGAACAAGCUAAUGGCUACACCAAAUCCCACCAGCGCUCACCCCGCCCUCGGAGCACACUUCAUCGCACGGGACCCCUAUGACCUGAUGGGGACUGCUCUGAUCCCCACGUCCCCAGAGGCCUGGGCCCCCUACCCUCUGUACACCACCGAGCUGACCCCGGCUAUCUCACACGCUGCGUUCACCUACCCAGCUGCCACUGCUGCUGCCGCCGCCGCCCUACAUGCUCAGGUAAGCUCUCCCCCGGGGGAGAAGCAGGACGGGGGAGAGUGAAGGCUCUGAGUUGGCCAGACUUUGUACCUACCUGGCCUCUGGACCACGCAUGUCUCU